AUGACAUCCGCACAUGAGAGUGUGGAGCGAGCUUUGGAAAAGCGUCUUGUUGGCUCUGGAACAUUUUUUAGUGAGGACGAGCAAUUGAAUGACCUACUGAGUCUUCAAUACAGACUUCAUUACCAUACUUUGGGCAGUGCAUCCAACCUGGACCAGAAAGUAGCUGAAAUCCUGUUGAAAGACUGCAAAAGGGUUGAAAGAAGUCUGAGCGGCUUGAAAGAAAAGAUAUGGCGCAAUAUUGCUGGCAUUCUCUACUUUUACCUGUCAAAUAUCGACAAAGCGACAGAACAACUGAAACUGGCACGACAGAUAACAUAUGAUCACAAGGCCUUUGACGCCUUUUACACAUUUCUCAAUGUCGAGAACUUGUACUAUAGAAUUCUGCUCAGCGAGAGCCCGAAAGAAUUGCUUUUGCGCGACAUUAGUAAAGUCGCUGAGCACAUCCCAAGAGACUCGAAUGCUAUCGCUUUCCAUUACCUCGACUCAAUCGCAUCACGAGUACCAGUACAUUGGGGAGAUGCUGCCGGAAAGCUCCAUUCGACCCCAUUGGCAUGUUACUUAGCAAUUUGCACAGACUACCGGAAUCACGACGCAGAGUUACUGAAAGUCGGUGGAGCUCUGCUGAAAGAAGCCAAAUUCCCUAAAGCUGAUGAAUCCAACCACGAACUGCUUGAAGAGUUUCAUGUCGCUCUGCGGUUCUACCUAGAGAGAGUGGAGGGCGAUAUUUCAUUGGAAUGGAACAAUUUUAUCAUUUCGUCCAUGGCAAAGACCUUUCAAAGCAUGAACGUUGCUAAGACAGCCAUGGUUUACUUUUCACGUGUGGGUAAGCAUGAGGAAAGCAUUUUGAACUUUGUCAAUUUUUUGAACUACAAUGACAACUAUAGGCAUUUAAACGAGGGCAAGUAUUUCGACAUAAUUUCUGUUCUCCAUUCAUACCAUUACGUGAUAGAGUAUUGUAGUGGGCAUGAAAUUCAGGAAGUCUAUUCGGUUGCAAAAACGAUUCAAGAAAUGGAACUGUUACUGAAGUAUUUCUAUGACCAGUAUUCAUUUCCCCUUCUCGAUAAGGACAACUGCUUAGAUUGGCUUUCCAAUAGUAUCAAACUGAAACUGUCAAGCCGCGUCGCAGCCAUUCUUGGGAAUUCUUGGGCUGUAAUCUAUCGACAUUAUAAAGACGAUCUGGUUAAGCUUAUAAAUGAUGACUUAUGUUUCUAUCUUUCCAACUCGCUGGUUGCCAAUCCAGGCUGCGCUCAAACCAAAUUUGAAUAUGCGUAUACCUUAGCGACGAAACGCGAGAUCAAUUUCGCUAAGAAAUACAUUAAGAUGGCUAUUUUGGAAGUCGAGCCUAAUGACUACCGCGCUUGGCAUUUACUUGCCCUAUGUGAGUCCGUUGAAGAACAAAAAGAUGUUGCAUUCAAAAUUGUCUGUUCGGUACUGCAAGGUAUGAAUGAAGCCCUCACUAAUGGUACGCUCACUUCAACGGAGGACCGCUGGCAAUUCAUUUUCAUGAAACUCACGCAGCUAAGUUUGUUAGAAGACAUGUUUGGGGUCCGGGAUGCGCUCGAACUUUUACCUGAACUCUUUGAGGUGUACAAAGCUCUUUUCCAAACCGGCGAGAAGCACAAUUACAAUUUGGGUACCGCCUAUAAUCAAAGCAUAGAAUAUUUGCAUCAGUUUGUUUGGUUGUUUGCUUCAAAGCUGUAUGACGCGGCAGGAAACCUUAAAGAGGCUAAAGAGGCUUUGCAUGAAUCCAUUGCUGUGACGAGAACUUUCAAAAACCUUAACAAUAAUCUGGCGAAUGGCUAUCUUCUGCUGAAAACCAAUCACAAAAAGGCUCUUACAGAGUUUGAAACGGUUUUUUACUAUGAUCAAUUAAACACGGAUGCAAUCGUUGGUUUUGCAAGAUUACUCAACCCAGAGGAACCUGCCAGCUCCAACCAUGUACUCAAAGCUUCAGAAAGAGAGGAAAAGAAGGAGAAUGCUUUUUACGGUGACGGAGACAAGUCGGCCGCCUACGGACGUUUGAAAUUAAUGCUCGAGGAAGCCAUAGAGAAAUCAAUAGACGCCCACUUUUCACCAGAAAUCUGGUGGCAUUUAUCCAAAAUAUACGAAAAAUUCGGAGACACUGAACGUCUAGAAAUUGCCUUAUGGAACUGCAUAAAAUAUGAGGAACUUCAACCAAUUAGACAUUUCAAAAAUUGUCACGUUUUUCGAAGUUCUUCUAAGACAUAG